AUGGCCGAUGAGGAAGAGGUUAGAAACAGGCCGCAGCAAACCCGGGCCAAUGCCAGCCCUUGCCAGCCCUUGCCAGCCAGCCAAGGCUCUCUGGCUCAGGGCUCUGGCUCAGGGCUCUCUGGCUUCUGGCUUCGCAAAGUCUGCUCAGGGGCAUCUGAGAGAUUCCGCCAACCUUUCUUUCCCGCCCUUUCUCCCGCAGGAGCGAACCGUGGGAGCCAGCCAGCUAGAGCUUGGAAGCAGACACAUCAAUGGCAGCAGCCAAAGGUGCAACGAUCGUGUCACGGAGUGCAAGCACACCUGUCUCGGCGGGUGGUUGGGAAGAUUCCAGUCCAGCUUCCAAGUGGCCCUUAUCGGAAGCUGCAGUUUGGGCGCCCAAUCACUGGUGCGACACUUAUGGGACCUGGCCUGACACAGUUUAACACAGUUUGGGCUUACAACGCAGAUCACGUCCCAAACGGCCACUUUUUGAGACUUCUCAGACCACCCGCAUAUAGGAACCAGCCGAAGUCAACGUCUGAUAACUAUCUUCUGUUGGGUAGGAACAACGCAACCCGGUCAAAUGAUCUUUCGAAAACUAACGGCCCUGCCAUGCCUUGA